AUGGAAUUUGGACAAACAAUUCUCCCUAUUCAACCACUUCGUUUAGAACAACCUGAUAUUGUCACAGAAGAAGAAGAAAGUAAUAAUAAAGGUAUUGUAUUUAGAUCAUUUGAUUCAAAUACAACUAAUAAAGUAACAAAACAAGAGAAAGUUGAUGGGAUAAUUAAAGAAAAAGUUACAAAAAAAAAAUAUAAAAACUUAGAAAAGAAACCAAAGAAAAAACAAAAGACAACAAUUAUGAGUUCAUUAGAAAAUUGUAGUGUAUUAAGGAAUAAUAAAAUACCAUUAACACACGAUAAUAUUUCUAAAAUUAAUCAUAUGUUUCCAGUUCAUAAAUAUAUUCGAAUUAGACAAUGGAUUAAUCUUAAUAAUAAAGAUUGUUUGUAUCCAUAUCCAUUUCUUUCAAUGUAA